AUGCCCGCCGUCGACGUCCACGCACUCGAGACAGUCUCCGACGCUGUCGACGAAGUGAACAAGUUCAAGGGCACCGUAUCGAACGACACCUGGAACGCAGCGUCCGAGUUCGACGCAGAUAAGAACAAAGCGGCGUUCCGCCAAUACGAGGAUGCAUGCGAUCGUGUCAAGAACUUCUAUCGCGAGCAGCACGAGAAGCAAACUGUAGAGUUCAAUCUGCGCGCGCGUGAGAGCUUCAAGAAAACGGUCCGCGCCAGGAUGGGCAUAUGGGAAGCGAUGGAAAUGCUCAACACCCUUGUGGACGAUUCGGAUCCAGAUACGAGUCUUACCCAGAUUGAGCAUCUCUUGCAGACUGCGGAAGCGAUCCGGCGGGAUGGGAAGCCUGAGUGGAUGCAGGUUACUGGCCUGGUGCAUGAUCUCGGGAAGCUGUUGUAUCUGUUUGGGUCGGAAGGCCAAUGGGACGUCGUGGGUGACACUUUCGUCGUCGGGUGCAAGUUUUCCGAGAAAAACAUCUAUCCUGAGACGUUCGAGAGCAAUCCGGACCACGCUGAUCCGGUUUACUCCACUGAGUAUGGUGUCUACGCACCACAUUGUGGUCUGGAGAACGUGAUGCUGUCAUGGGGACACGACGAGUACCUGUACAACGUCCUGAAAAACCAGAGCCGUCUUCCGGAAGACGCGCUGUACAUGAUUCGCUAUCAUAGCUUCUAUCCAUGGCACCGGGAAGGGGCAUACUCGCAUCUGACAAACGCUGCCGAUGAGCGCGCGCUGGCGGCUGUGCGCGCGUUCAACCCGUAUGAUUUGUACAGCAAGAGCGACGAGGGAGUGAAUCCGGAGAUGCUCCGGCCGUAUUACCAGGGGCUAAUCGCAAAGUUCUUCCCCGACGUGAUUGAAUGGUGA